AUGCUGGCCUCCCUCGCCCUCCUCGUGGGGCUGCCGCUCGCCCUCGCCGCUGAGCACCCCAGCUGCGCCCCGCUCGUCCCGGUCACCUUCGACAAUACCACCAUCCCUGGGCUCCUGGGAAAAUGGUUCUACAUGACCGGCGGCUCCAAGUACCCACCUCACGUGGCAGAGAUGAAGGUGGUGAAAUACGCGGUUUUUUCCUUCUUUCCUGGCAGCCACAAGGACGAGCUCAAUGUCACCGAAAGCAUGAGAGUGAACGAGACAUGCGUGGUGAGGAACACCACCAAGAUCCAGAUCUUGUGGCACAACUCCACCCUGAUGCACGUCGAUGACCAGGUGGUUUCCACGGCUGAACUGAUCCAAAGCGACAAGGACCUGCUGAUCCUGAAGCACUUCAACGCCAACAUCCUGGGUCUGAGCCUCUCGGCACGGACGCCCAAUGUGAGCAAGGAGCACUUGGAGGAGUUCAAUGCCCACCUGCGCUGCCUGGGCUUCACCGAGGAGGAGGUGUUCUUCACUUCCGAAAAGGACGCCUGUCCCCUGCCUGGGGAGAAGACAGGAGAAGGCGAUGAGGAACAGCAGCUGGGGUAA